AUGUGUUAUGGACUUGUAGCCGGGGAGAUACCGGAGCAACAGCAGUUAGCUUCCAGAGCCAUACACUCAGCAGCCAGUUUACGAGGUGAGUUUCCCUUCAGUAGGAACGGGUCUACGGCCACAAUGCCGGCCCGUUUAAUUAUCAGUAGUUCCGAACUUUGGUCUGAUGCAGUAGUUAGAGUGCUUGAUGUCUUUGUGAUACAAGCAUUCAGUUCCGGACUUCGGUCCGAUGCAGUCAGUUCCGGACUUCGGUCCGAUGAAGUUAGUUCCGGACUUCGGUCCGAUGCAGUCAGUUCCGGACUUCGUUCCGAUGCAGUUAGUUCCGGACUCUGGUCCGAUGCAGGGGACAAGGUCCCAGUCAGUUCCGGACUUCGGUCCGAUGCAGCCCAUUCCAGACUUCGGUCUGAUGCAGUGGGCAAGGCCCAGUAUGUGCUAUAUAUAUGUAUUGUAUGGUAUGUGGUAGUUUGGGGGAGCUCACUAAGCUUCGUGCUUACAGUUUCAGUUUUGGUUUCAGGUACUUCCGCAAGCAGAGGGAAGAACUCGGGAUGGUUUUUGGUUAUAUUGAAAAAUGAAAUUUUUGGGUCGUAUUUUUGGGUCGUUUCAUACUCACCCAUUUCCUCGAACCGGUCUAACAAUACCUGCAGAGUCUUCAGCAUGACUGGACCGCCUUACCAGGCCUUCAUCCAAUCUGUACCACUCUCAAAAACCUUCAGCCAAUCUGGACUGCCCUCCAGGGCCUUCAGUCUGGCUGGACCGUCCUCUGAGCCUUCUGCCUGA